CCCUGUCCUGGGCACGCCCCCGAACCCGGACCGGCGCUCUCCCGAUCCUCCUCUCGCAGGUGGGGGUCGGGCCCUCCCUCGUCCCGCCAUGGCCGAGGAGGCGCCGUCACCAUCGUCCUCGUCCGCGCCGUCGGGGCCGCGCUGUCCCUUCCUCUUCAGGAGGUCGGGCCGCCCUCGGGCUUCCGCGGGCCGCCGCCGGAGGCGCGGGGCCGGGGAAGGGCGGCCCGACGGUGGUGGCAGUGGCGACGGCAGCGGCAGCAGCAGCGACGAGGGCCCGGCCGUCGUCCGGCCCGACCGGAAGCGGGCCGUCGCCAACCCCAUGAUCCAGAAGAGCCGCGGGGCCAGCGGAGGCCGCGACGGCGACGAGGACCGCGCUCUGGGCCUGGCCGUGCUCUACCCGUCCAGUCGCUCGGCCAAGCCGGCCGGGCCCGAAGACAUGGGCGCCACGGCCGGCUCGGAGCUGGACGCGGCCCGGGAGCCCGGGGCCAAGGCGUGUGGGCGCCAGGGGCCCAUGCGCGCGCCCGGGCACCUGCGCGCCACAGUGCGCUGGGACUAUCAGCCCGACGUGUGCAAGGACUACAAAGAAACCGGCUUCUGCGGCUUCGGCGACAGCUGCAAGUUCCUGCACGACCGCUCCGACUACAAGCACGGCUGGCAGUUGGAGCGCGAGGCCCGUCCCGACCACGCCGAGGCCGAGGCCGAGGCCUACGAGCUGGCCGCCGACGAGGACGCCGAGCACGGGCGCCUGCCCUUCCGGUGCUUCAUCUGCCGUCAACCCUUCCGCAGCCCCGUGGUCACCCAGUGCCAGCACUACUUCUGCCAGGCCUGCGCCCUGCGCCACUUCCGCACCUCCCCGCGCUGCUACGUGUGCGAGCGCCACACGCACGGCGUCUUCAACCCGGCCCGGGGCCUCGUGGCGCAGCUGCGGCGGCGGCAGCGCGACGCCCCCGACGGGUCUCCCGACGGCACCGGCCCCACCCCCUAGACCAAGAACGGGCGGGCCAAUGAGAGAGAGCUCCCUGUUAGCGAGCGGGCCAACAAAUUAUCACCCUGCGAGAGAGCGGGCCAACAAAUUACCUCCUGCGAGCGAGCGGGCCAAUAAAAGAGCUCCCUGCCUCUGAA